UGGCGUCUCGAUCAGCUGGAUGUUGUAUAGAGUGUGUCUGCCUGCGAUGCCUGCCGUCUCGCGAAAACUAACGAAGACUACCGUCUGCAUCCCACCGUGAUACGUGAGUUCAUCUCAACCACGAUCGACGAUCGCACGGCUUGGUUCUAGCUCAGCGACUGGUAUACCGUGGAUAAAAAAGAAUCGCACGCGAUGCGAAUUCGCAAGUGCGGACACGGCGAUACGAGAAAGAGAGAGAGAGAGAGAGAAAGAUAGAAAGAAAGAGAGCGCACGCGAACAGAACGAGAGUAAUGAAAAACGGAGACGCAUAAGUGUACGCGAAUGGCACUGGAUUCUCGGUGGUGCUCGACUGCUUGAGUGUUCGGUGGGGCAGGUAUACAACUCGACACGGCAACGGAUGUCUUGCACGUGAAACACACGUUCGCCCCGUUCCUCGAGGUGCUUCGAGGUACUUCGAGGAAUCCCGACGUGGCCUCUGGUGACUCUGUGGAACACGGUCGGGUCACCGAGGAAAUCAGAGGGAAUGAGAAAGUAAAAUGAAGUAAACGAGGAGCGAGGGAGGGAAAAUGAGGAGAGAAAAUCGGGUUGCUAACCCGCAUAUCUUUUUCUCUGCGUUACUCUGCGUUGCUCUGCGUCUCCGCGCGCGGCGUUCGAUUUAUCUUAUGUAAUUCCCGCGAGUGUAUCACGCCCCGCGAACGCCGGAGCCUAUACGCGUGCGUGCGUGCGUGCGUGCGUAUACAUACGCGUGUGCCGUGCCGUGUGCGGCGAGCGAUGCCGUGGCCAUUUUUGCGUUUGCCUUCGUAUUUUGUAAUCGUUAUCAGCUCCAUAUUUGAAUUCAACAAGUAAUGCAGGUCGCCCGACCACCGCGAAUCCCAGGCGUGAAUUCCGCGAUCGUCGGGAAUGAGAAUCGACAAAUCGAUCUCACGUGCUCACGUCGACGGUUGACAUCUGAAACAGAUCGUUUCAGUGGCGAUUACGUCGUCGAAGUGACUAGGAGACUCUAUGCAACAUGCCACCAGAUAGGCCAGAUGCAUCGGGUAUUGAAACUGAUAUAGAACUGAUCUCGUCUCAGGAUUAUAAUUUUGGUGAAAACCUCACAAUGAACGAUAAGGAAAAGGAGAAUACCAGCAUGCUGACUGACUCAAAUUUAACCAACGAUUGUCAAAGCGAAAUGCCUAAAUGGGAGAAGGCUAUGGAAAGGAACAAUCAGUCGGACGACGAGCUAACAUCUCUCAGUUGGCUACACCAGCAGAAUUUACUUAAAGGUUUGGACAUUUCGAACCCCUCCAAAAACAUGAAGCAUCAAAACAUGCUGAACAAUAAUAUCUGCGACGAUAUGGCAGACUUUUCUGAAAAUACAAAUUCUGUAUCGAGCUUAGAUGAUAGUUUCUGUCCAGAGAAUAAUGGAAAAGCAAAUGCGACAUUGAAUGGGAAUGGACAAAACUAUCAGCAUCCUGCCAAGAAUUGUCAAAAUAUGCAAAUAUUUCAAGAAUCUGCGAAAAGUCAUUACAAUAUUUCGCCAAAUAAUCAAACGAAGAUUUCUUUGAGCAACAACAAUUUGCCAAUGUCUUAUCGCAACAAGCAUCCUACUCAUGUACCAUAUGAUCCUCAUUUACAUAUAAAUAGCAAACCACCGUAUUCAUUCUCCUGCCUCAUAUUUAUGGCUAUCGAAGAUAGCCCUGUAAAGGCGCUACCUGUGAAAGAAGUUUACGCGUGGAUCCUGGAACACUUCCCAUACUUUAGGAACGCCCCUACUGGAUGGAAAAAUUCUGUUAGACACAAUUUAAGUCUCAACAAGUGCUUUCGGAAGGUGGAAAAAGCUCCGAAUUUAGGAAAGGGAUCGUUGUGGAUGGUUGAUGCACAAUACCGCCCAAAUCUGAUUCAAGCGUUGUCUCGCUCUCCUUUUCCUCCCACUAUAAAUCAGACUUUGUCUUCAUCGGAAAAGGUGUCUAGAAAAUGCAUAAAUACACGUCUCCCAGAUCCGGUUCUUUUUCCAUAUCUAUCCAAAAGACUGGCAUCUAGCAAUAUUAAUGAUAGUGCAGAAACCGAGAUAGAUAGCGACGUUGACGCAGCAGCUGCCGCUAUGCUUUCCUUUAAGCAUGGACCUAUCAUUCUGAAUCAUAAUAAAGAUCGUAAACGAAAAUUGCCGGACUCGGAAAAGUUGGUGCCUGUAAUUACCAGGAGUUCCAGCGAGGACCAUACUUAUAGUUGUAUCGCCUCGAUAAAAUUAGGAAGCAAACAUUCAAACGAGGAAGAAUUAAAUCCAGAUGUUGAUGAACAAAGAAAAAUUGCAGAAGGUGCGGAUGCGCUUCUGAAUCUGGCUGGUGUUAGUACAGCUCUAAAUUACGGUAGAACACAUCAUGUAACACAAGGUAUUAACACGGCAUCUAAAUCAGACGUUAUUUUAAAACCAAAAAAACGUUCUACCACGAGUGAGUACUCGAGUACGUCUGAAAAAAGACGUAAAAGAUGGCGGGACUGGGGAGAGGAAAAUCGAUACCUAAAACAAAUUAGGGGUUAACAUAGACACAUUUUGUUACAUUUUUCGAAAAGUGUACAUUAUCGAAAGCUUUCCAUUUAUGCGCGAAUCAGGAAAGCGUUUAAGAGUUUUACUAUCUAGUAACAGGAAGGUACUUUCAUUUUAGAGUAUUGUCAGUAAAUUCCUUAUUCAUUUCUAUAAACGUGUUUAAAUCAACUUUUACGAAAAUUUCAUUGUUUGGAUUUCUCGUCGUAAACACAAAAAAACGCGCAUGUAAAUUCUUCCAUAACUUCUAGUUGUGCUAGUAAAAAGAGGGUUGUUGGAUGCAUUUCGAAUUCAUUGGUGUGGUUGCUCAGGGUUUACAACAUGCUAAAUGCCAAAAUACAUUCGGUAGCACUAAACAAGCAAUAAUAAAGUUGUAGUGUUAAAGAGAUACUUUUAAACACGCUGUUGAAACAUGAAUACAAUUGAAUAGUACGUGGAUAUAUAUCAAUUAAAAAAAUUAUUAUUACGUACUGAAAUAAGUAAUAAUAAUCAUU